AUGACAUCCUAUGCAAACAUAAAAGGAAAUUUGAUAGUUUCUACCUAUAUUUUACAAGUUAUUAGAGCACAACCAAAUGGUUUUUUUAAAAAUAAAGGUGUAAUUUUUGUUGACCGUCAUUAUAGCCAUAUACGUAAAGAUAUCAUUAAAGCAUUGAAUCUUAAGAGUUUAGAUGUUUUAGAGAUACCUGGUGGGACAACUAGUGUUUUACAACUACUUGAUGUCUUAGAAAUCAGUAAAGAAGUUCUGAUUAAAUCCUUUGAAUCAACUAGACUCAUCCUAAACCCUAAUAGUAGCAAAGACAAUAAAAUAUCACACUGUUUACAGACAAUUGUUAGAGACUAG